AUGUCAUCAGGAAAGACAAACGCUCGCGGCGUCGACAUGUCGUACCACCCACGCGGCUUUGACGAGUCCGCCUCGCUCAUGCGCGCUCGCAAGCCCUACAACGUGCGCAACCUCAUCACCGGCGGCGCCAUCGUCGCGUUCAUUGCUAGCGUGUACAUCUACUCGAUCUCGGCUGUCAAGCAGGACGACUUUUCCGACGUCGUCGACCUCCUGCCCCCAGAGGCCGAGCGCAAGUUUAUCCGCUCGAUCGAGGACGAGGAGAAGGACAAGCGACUGGGCGUGACCCCCGAGACCAUUGUCGUGGACAAGGUUGCUCCCCCAGCACCUGCGGGCCCCACGGGUGUCAUGGCAUACCUGCCCCGCCGCCUGCACGACAUUGAGUGGAUUAAGACCCGCGGUUGGGUCGAGGAGGGCAAGGGCAACGUCCUUGUCUGGGGCGCGCCCAACGUCGACAAUGUCGGCAAGCUGCACGACGCUGCCAACUCCCGCGGCACCAAGCGCCAGGUUUAA